UGGAAAUUCAUAGAAGAAACUUCUUUCAUUGUCCUCAUCGCCAUUCACAUUCACAUUCCCUCGAGAGACUUCUCUCUUCUCUCCUCCUUCUUCUUCCUCCUCCUCCUCCUCCUCCAUGGCUUUCCUUCAAGACCAAUUUCAACGCCACUACCAACAACAACAACAACCUCAACCACAAACCAAAUCGUUCAGAAAUUUACAAACAAUUGAAGGUCAGAUGUCGCAGCAGAUGGCUUUUUACAACCCUACUGAUUUGCAGGAUCAGUCUCAGCAUCCACCUUACAUUCCUCCAUUUCAUGUAGUUGGUUUUGCUCCGGGUCCUGUCAUUCCGGCUGAUGGAAGUGAUGGUGGUGUUGAUUUGCAUUGGAAUUUCGGUUUGGAACCCGAGAGAAAAAGACUAAAAGAACAGGAUUUUUUGGAGAAUAAUUCUCAGAUAUCUUCUGUGGAUUUCUUGCAACCUCGAUCUGUGUCCACAGGGUUAGGAUUGUCGCUUGAUAACACUCGCCUGGCUUCAACCGGAGACUCGGCUUUAUUGUCUCUCAUAGGGGAUGACAUUGAUCGCGAGUUACAGCAGCAGGAUUUAGAGAUGGACAGAUUUCUCAAACUGCAGGGUGAACAAUUGCGGCAAACAAUUUUAGAGAAAGUUCAGGCAACACAACUUCAAAGUGUUUCAAUCAUUGAAGACAAGGUCCUCCAAAAACUUCGCGAGAAAGAAACGGAGGUAGAAAACAUCAACAAGAGGAAUAUGGAACUUGAAGAUCAAAUGGAGCAACUAAGUGUAGAAGCAGGUGCAUGGCAACAACGAGCAAGAUAUAACGAAAACAUGAUUGCUGCUCUCAAGUUUAACCUCCAGCAGGCAUAUCUCCAAGGUAGGGACAGUAAAGAAGGGUGCGGUGACAGUGAGGUAGAUGAUACAGCUUCUUGCUGUAAUGGUCGUUCACUUGAUUUUCAUCUGCUCUCCAAUGAAAAUUCCAAUAUGAAAGACUUGAUGAAAUGUAAGGCUUGCAGAGUCAACGAAGUGACAAUGGUUUUAUUACCUUGCAAGCAUCUUUGCCUCUGUAAAGAUUGUGAAAGUAAGCUUAGUUUUUGUCCUCUAUGUCAAUCCUCUAAAUUCAUCGGAAUGGAGGUCUACAUGUAACUGGAUAUUUUAUUUCAACAGUAUAAAUCUCUAAUUUUAUGUUGAAAGUUAUGUGUCCUGUGUUGUUGCUUAUCGUAGUUAUAGUUUAAGUUAUUGUUCAACCAUUGUAACAAGUACCGUGACACAUUGUAACUAGUUUUUAAGUUGUAUUUUACUGUAAUGUAACGAAUAUCAGCUAUUCAGUUUUAGUAAAUUUUGGAAGGAUGUCUGUCUAUUAAAAUGAUACA